GGGUUGGUGGGAAAUCUUGAGAAUUGAGAGUGCAGCAUCCAAAAAGCCGCUAAACCCAAUCCACAACCUGUCGCACACAUACACACACGGUUACACAACCUUGAACUGAAACACUGAACGCUCUUUUACUUGUCCAUCAAUGGUGUCUGAGAAAGAAAGGUCUAUAGAAAAACCUCUUCAAACAUAAGCCCCCCAAAAAAAAAGUACACUCUCAUUCUCACUUUGUCACUCACCACUAUGCCUUCUUCAUUCUCACUCUCCACCUUCUCUCUCCUCCCAAACCCUCUUCUCAAACCCACAACCAGGUCCACCUCUCUCUCUUCUUCCAGACCCACCUCUCACUUCUUCACCAUCAAGUCCUCCACAGAAAAAAACUCCACCUCAAAUCCCAAACCCACCAAUACCAACAAAGCCGGUUCCUCCUGGGUUAGCCCAGACUGGCUCACUUCACUCACUCGCUCUUUGACCAUUAGCAAAGACGAUGACUCGGGCAUCCCUGUAGCCAAUGCUAAGCUAGACGACGUGUCUGAUCUUCUGGGUGGUGCUCUUUUUCUCCCACUAUUCAAAUGGAUGAAUGAUUAUGGACCCGUUUAUCGCCUUGCUGCUGGGCCUAGAAAUUUUGUGGUGGUGAGUGACCCUGCCAUUGCUAAGCAUGUGCUUAGGAACUAUGGAAAGUAUUCUAAGGGUCUUGUUGCUGAGGUCUCUGAGUUCUUGUUCGGUUCCGGUUUUGCCAUUGCUGAAGGCCCGCUUUGGACGGCAAGGCGUAGGGCUGUGGUGCCAUCUCUUCACAAGAAGUAUUUGUCAGUGAUAGUUGAUCGAGUCUUUUGCAAAUGUGCAGAAAGAUUGGUGGAAAAGCUCAAACCCGAUGCACUAAGUGGCACUUCUGUAAACAUGGAGGAAAAAUUUUGUCAACUAACCCUAGAUGUUAUUGGCCUGUCCAUAUUCAACUACAAUUUUGAUUCACUUACAACUGAUAGUCCUGUGAUUGAUGCAGUUUACACUGCAUUGAAAGAGGCAGAGGCUCGUUCCACUGAUAUAUUACCAUAUUGGAAGAUUAAAGCUCUUUGUAAAUUAAUCCCAAGACAAAUAAAAGCUGAAAAAGCAGUUAAUGAGAUAAGGAGAACAGUUGAAGAACUUAUUGCAAAGUGCAAAGAUAUGGUGGAAGCUGAGGGUGAAAGAAUCAAUGAGGAGGAAUAUGUAAAUGAUGCUGAUCCGAGCAUCCUUCGCUUCUUGCUCGCAAGCAGAGAAGAGGUUUCAAGUGUGCAACUUCGAGAUGACCUUUUGUCAAUGUUAGUUGCUGGUCAUGAGACCACUGGUUCAGUCUUGACUUGGACACUCUAUCUUCUCAGUAAGGACUCCAUCUCUUUGGUGAAAGCACAAGAGGAAGUUGACAGAGUUUUACAGGGAAGGCCUCCUGCUUAUGAAGAUAUUAAGAACCUGAAGUUCUUGACCUGCUGCAUAAUGGAGUCUCUCCGUCUCUACCCACAUCCUCCUGUCUUGAUAAGAAGAGCUCAAGUUGCUGACAUGCUUCCUGGAGAUUACAAGGUUAAUGCAGGUCAAGACAUUAUGAUAUCAGUUUAUAAUAUCCAUCAUUCCUCAAAGGUUUGGGAGAGAGCAGAAGAGUAUGUGCCGGAAAGAUUUGACUUGGAAGGCCCUGUUCCUAAUGAAACAAAUACAGAUUUCAGAUUCAUUCCAUUCAGUGGUGGACCCCGGAAGUGUGUUGGUGAUCAGUUUGCUUUGAUGGAAGCUAUUGUUGCUCUCGCAGUAUUUCUGCAGCACAUGAACUUUGAGCUGGUUCCUAACCAAAACAUUAGCAUGACUACUGGAGCAACAAUACAUACAACAAACGGCUUGUACAUGACACUGAGCCAACGGCAACCAAAAUCUGCAUUUGUCUCUUCUUCUAGGUUUCACAUAUUAUCAUUAUGGGAGAAAUGUCUCAUAUACCUUAUCAAUGUUGUGAUAUCAAAGUAGAUGAUGCUGAUUAUUUCACGCGUAAAACUAGUGACAAGAUUUUGUGGGGGAAAAAGGCAAUGAAUUGGUUUCCUCAAUUAUUAGCAUUUUCACGUGGGUGCUGUGGUAUCUUCGGUAGGCCCACCAUGUUAAAGCAAGUUCCAAAAUAGCUUGUCCGCUCUAGAAUUGGUUUUCGAAGAUGAGAUUCGAAGGCGUUGUAGGUCAAUUUUAUCAUCGGUAUUCUCAUUCAUUGUGAUGGUGGUGUCGGCAACAUUGACAAUGAGAGUAAUUGUGAUGCCCGAAUUUAAAAAGUGUGUUGUGUGGUUGUAUGAUAAGUUCCACGUUGGAUAUUUAUUUGGUA